UCUUGCGUCCACUUCCUCUCCUCUUCGACUGGCUUUUUGCGCCAUGGCUCUCUCUUUCCCCCCCUUGAGCUGAUCGCUCACAAGCCGCUCGUGCGCUUCCAAUAGCAGCGCCGGAGGAGGACGAGGAGCAGGAUGGGGCUCCAACUCGAGAAAGGAGAGAAGGACCUCGAAUUCGGAUCCACCAGCCUCAGCUCCAUCUCUCCGACUGCCUCGGCGCCGCCUGCACCGGCGCUAGUGCUGUCCAACUCGGGGAAGCGGAUGGAGCAGGCCUCGUCGGCGGCGGCGUCCCCGACGGCGGCACCGGCGCUUGUGCUGUCCAACUCCGGCAAGAGGAUAGACCCGUCGGUGAAGAAGAAGUACGUGAAGCAGGUGACGGGGCGGCACAACGACACCGAGCUCCACCUGGCGGCGCAGCGCGGGGACCUCGCGGCGGUGAGGCAGAUUCUCGGGGAGAUCGAUGCUCAGGUUACGGGUACGCCGGGCGAAGCUGAGUUCGACGCCGAGGUGGCGGAGAUCCGCGCGGCGGUGGUGAACGAGGUGAACGAGGUGGAGGAGACGCCUCUGUUCAUCGCUGCCGAGAAGGGUUUUCUUGAUAUCGUGGUCGAGCUGUUGAAGUACUCCAAUCGGGAGAGCCUCUCCAGAAAGAACAGAUCGGGUUUUGAUGCUCUCCAUGUGGCUGCAAGAGAGGGGAACCGAGAAAUUGUCCAGGUACUUCUAGAUCAUGAUCCGACUCUCAUCAAGACAUUUGGUCAAUCAAAUGCCACUCCCCUUAUAACUGCAGCAAUAAGAGGUCACACCGAAAUUGUAAACUUGUUGCUAGAACGAGAUGCAAGCUUAAUCGAGCUACCAAAAGCCAAUGGGAAAAAUGCUCUGCAUUUUGCUGCCCGGCAAGGGCAUGUUGAAACUGUAAAAGCAUUGCUUGAGAAGGAUCCACAGCUUGCUAGAAGGACUGAUAAAAAGGGGCAAACUGCUCUGCACAUGGCAGUCAAAGGAACACAUUGUGAAGUUGUUAAUGCCCUUGUGGAUGCUGAUCCUGCUAUAGUUAUGCUACCAGACAGAGCUGGCAACACAGUUUUACAUGUGGCUACAAGAAAAAAGAGAGCAGAGAUAGUAAAGGUUCUCCUACACCUCCCGGAUACAAAUGUGAAUGCAUUGACAAGAGAUCAUAAAACUGCUUUUGAUAUUGCUGAAGGCCUGCCCCUCUCAGAAGAAUCUGCAGAAAUCAAGGAAUGGCUUUCUCGUUAUGAUGCAGUUAGGGCAAAUGAACUGAAUCAGCCACGUGAUGAGCUCAGGAAGACUGUAACUGAGAUUAAAAAGGAUGUUCAUAUACAGUUGGAGCAGACCAGGAAAACAAACAAAAAUGUCCACGGCAUUGCGAAGGAGCUGAGGAAGCUCCAUAGAGAAGGCAUUAACAACGCGACUAACUCUGUCACUGUGGUUGCCGUGCUCUUUGCUACUGUUGCAUUCGCUGCAAUCUUUACGGUGCCUGGUGGAACUCAAGAAGAUGGAACAGCAAUAGUUGUGCAGUCUGCGAGUUUCAAAAUAUUUUUCAUUUUCAAUGCUAUUGCCCUGUUCACUUCAUUAGCAGUGGUGGUGGUUCAGAUAACACUUGUCAGGGGAGAAACAAAGGCAGAGAGGCGGGUCGUUCAGAUAAUUAACAAGCUGAUGUGGUUGGCUUCUGUCUGCACUACCGUUGCUUUUAUCGCAUCUUCAUACAUUGUGUUGGGCCGGCAUAUCCAAUGGGCAGCUAUUCUGGUUACACUGAUAGGUGGCCUAAUAAUGACUGGUGUUCUUGGGACCAUGACUUUCUAUGUGGUUAAAUCGAAGCACAGCCGUGCUAUGAGGAAGAGGACAAAAUCAAGGAGCGGUUCAAACUCAUGGCAACAUAACUCGGAGAUAUCUGAUUCUGAGAUUGACAGAAUUUAUGCCAUUUGAAGGGAGCGUUAUUGUACCAGUAAUAGAAUUCAGGAGACGUGCUAUUUAACCAUCUGUAGAAGCUAUAUGUACUCAUAGAUCCAAGCUUCGUUCUGUAGUAUAUAAGUGGAUGAUUACGGUCGUUGCGAUGAGUUGCUUAGUUCUGUUUCUACCCUAUCUUGUAAAUUGGAAAUGGAUUCUGUAGUUGAUCUCUGCAAUUGUGGAGUAAUCCUUGUGGCCUUUGAUGCCCUUGAUUGGCAA